CUAGUAGUUAAAUCUAGUCUAAGUUGCAUGAACAUUCAUACAGUAAUGUGAUAAAUUAAUAUUUUGGGUAAAUGCAUUCCGCAAUAAUCUAGUGUUCAUUUUACAGUUUAAUACUUAGUUACUAUGAAAGAAGUGAUUUUGGCUAUUAUAACCUUUGUAUGUAGUGUAUUUUUAGUUUUAUUAUUUGUACUGUUUUGCUGGUACGUCGUAUGGAAGUGUUGUCUGUCAAAGUUUCGUUUUGUCAGAGAGCUUCUUGGGGGCAUGUCAGAUACGCCACCAGCAUCAGAGACACGGCAGCCUAAACAAAGGAAAACCAGAAGGGAAUAAUACUCAUUGUAUAUUUCAACACAAAGUCGAAUAGACAUAUCAAAAUGAAUAUUCGCUGCGCACGCCCUAGUGACCUCAUGAACAUGCAACACUGCAACUUGUUAUGCUUACCAGAAAACUAUCAGAUGAAAUAUUACUUCUAUCAUGGCUUGUCAUGGCCCCAACUCAGUUAUGUGGCGGAGGAUGAAAAAGGUCACAUAGUAGGCUAUGUUCUUGCAAAGAUGGAAGAGGAUGGUGAAGACAAUCGCCAUGGACACAUUACUUCUCUGGCAGUCAAGAGAUCCCAUAGGCGACUUGGAUUAGCUCAAAAGCUUAUGAAUCAAGCUUCUUUAGCCAUGGUGGAGUGUUUUCAGGCCAAAUAUGUGUCACUGCAUGUGAGAAAAAGCAACAGAGCUGCACUGAAUCUUUACACAAACUCACUUGGCUUCAAGAUCUUGGAAAUUGAACCCAAAUACUAUGCAGAUGGUGAAGAUGCCUAUUCUAUGAUGAGGGACCUGAGCGCUUUUGCUGACAACAAAACUGAAACACCAGCUGACAACUUGGAAAUAAAGUCUGAAUCUGCUAUUGUAUCACAGUGUUAAAGCAUAUAUGGCAAUAAAUAGAUAUACAUGCAAUAAUUA